AUGAAAGCGUUUUGUUUUCUGGCUUCUAAACAAUCAAAAGAGCAUAUAGUCAAGAUGUACAAAAAGAGCUUCAAAAAUAUCUUCUUGCUUGACGUUUUGGAGCGCUUCCACCUAGUGGCGCUUGAUUCAAAUUUUGCGCAGCAAGCUACUAAUACAAGCUUGUGGGAUGUGCCAAAACCAAGUUGUGACCUUGAGAGGUCUAUCUAUGAAAGCUCUAGCCAUAGCUCUGGUCCAAAUAUACAAGAGAAAGACACUUUUCUGGUAGACUGGAACGGGCCAAAGGACUGUGAAAAUCCGUUGAAUUGGAGCCGCUUAAAAAAAGGAUUUGUGGUUUUCCAGGUCAUGCUGCUAACCUGCGCAACUUAUAUGGGUGCUUCGAUAUACACACCAGGCCAGGAAUACAUCCAACAUGAGUUUGGCGUAGGUCAUGUUGUCGGGACGCUAAAUUUAUCCUUGUAUGUGCUGGGAUAUGGGUUAGGACCUAUAGUUUUCUCGCCGCUCUCGGAGGUUGCUAGCGUUGGAAGGCAGCAGAUAUAUAUUGUUACUUUGUUUUUUUUCAUGUUGUUUCAAGUUGGAGCUGCAACAGUUAAGAAUAUUGGCGGGCUUUUGGUAAUCCGCUUUAUUUCCGGUGUUUUGUGCUCGCCGUCAUUGGCAACUGGCGGUGGUACUAUGGGGGAUAUUAUAAAACCCGAAAUUGUGUCGGUUUUCAUUGGGCUCUGGGCUAUAGGUGCAGUUGCGGCACCUGUUGUUGCGCCGCUGCUCGGCGCGGCAAUGGUUCAAGCUAAGGGUUGGAGAUAUGAUUUUUGGCUCCUAAUGUGGAUUAGUGCUGCAACAUUAAUAUUACUUGUGGUAUUUUUUCCAGAAACCCAGCAUCAAAACAUUUUACAUCGGCACGCUGUGCGCGUUAGAAAAGAGACAGGUGAUCUAAGAUAUUAUACUAGGCAAGAGCGUGUAGAUGCUGAAAUUAAAGCUACAUCGUUUAUGAAGGAACUAUUCGUUAGACCAUUUUUGAUAAUGGCGCUAGAGCCCGCAGUUCUUGCCUUUGACAUUUACAUUGCCGUGUGUUAUGGCGCUUUUUACUUGUUUUUCGAGGCUUUUCCCUUGGUUUUUAUUGGAAUUUACAAUUUUACCUUAGUUGAAAUGGGUCUUGCAUUUUUGGGAUUUUGCAUAGGGUGUCUGUUAGCCUACGCAGCUUUGCUAGUUUAUCUGGCAAAAUACAUUGGGCCUAAGUUCAAAAAUAACACAUUUACCCCGGAAGAUUUUUUACCACUCUCCAUGGCUGUUUGUUGGGCAUUACCACUCUCCUUAUUUAUGUUUGGCUGGACAGCUAGAGUUCACUGGAUAUUACCUAUAAUUGCAGAGGUAUUUUUUGUGAUAAACGUUUUCAAUCUGUUUCAAUCUGCUUUUGCUUAUCUCGCCUUCUGUUACCCACGCUACCUAGCUUCAGUAUUUGCGAGCAACGGGUUCUGUCGAUCUGUUUUUGCAUGCGCAUUUCCUCUAUUUGGAAGAGCAAUGUAUGAAAAGCUUGGUAGUGAGGAAUAUCCAGUAGCAUGGGGUUCAUCUCUUAUAGGAUUUUGUUCUAUCGGUUUAGCAGUCAUCCCGUUUUUCUUUUAUAAAUUUGGUCCUAGAAUGCGGGGCAAAUCUCGAUAUGCCAACUAA